GUAAGGAGGAUUCGGCAGAGGGAAGAAACAACAGCCGCCAUCUUGUUUGUGUGCUAGGCUGGGGGGGAGAGAGGGCGAGAGGGAGCGGGCUAGAGUGGGCAAGCGGGACGCCGGGCGGAGUGCGGACAGCGGGAGCCAGAGUGCGGAGGCGAGCCGGGCCGGAGACAGGCGGCAGGGGCCGAGACAGUGGCAGGGGGCCCGGGGCGCACGGGCUGAGGCGACCCGUAGCCCCCUCCCGUCCGCACACACCCCCACCGCGGCCCGGCAGCCGGGCCGGCGUCGACGCCUAGGGGGGACCAUUACAUAACCCCGCGCCCCGCGGCGCCUUCGCCCGCCGCCGAGGGCGGCCCCGAGCGGAGCCCCGGGGGGCGGGCGCUCCCGGCACCUGGCCGCCGGGGGUGGGGGCCGUAGCGGCGGCCGUAUUUAUUUCUGUGCCGCGGGAGAGGAGGGCGAAGGAGGAGAGCGCGGCGCGAGGAGAGGCCGCCUGCGCCGCCCGGCGGAGCGGGGCCUCCUCGGUGGGCUCGGCGUCGGCGCGGGCGGGCGGCGCUGCUCGGCCCGGCCCCCUCGGCCCUCUGGACCGGCGAGCUCCGCGCCCGGCGUCCUCGCCGCGCCUCCGCCGCGCGAUGUGAGGCGGCGGCGCCAGCCUGGCUCUCGGCUCGGGCGAGCUCUCUGCGGCCAUUAGGGGCCGGUGCGGCGGCGGCGCGGAGCGCGGCGGCAGGAGGAGGGCUCGGAGGGUGGGGGCGCAGGUCCGGGAGGGGGCACCGGGAGGAGGUGAGUGUCUCUCGUCGCCUCCUCCUCUCCCCCCUUUUCGCCCCCGCCUCCUUGUGGCGAUGAGAAGGAGGAGGACAGCGCCGAGGAGGAAGAGGCUGAUGGCGGCGGCGGAGCUCCGAGAGACCUCGGCUGGGCAGGGGCCGGCCGUGGCGGGCCGGGGACUGCGCCUCUAGAGCCGCGAGUUCUCGGGAAUUCGCCGCAGCGGACGCGCUCGGCGGAUUUGUGCUCCUGUGCCCUCCUCCGGGCCUGGGCCCAGGCCCGGCCCCUCGCACUUGCCCCUACCUUUCCUAUCGAGUCCGCAUCCCUCUUCGGCCACCGCGACCCGGCGAAGAGAAAAAGGAACUUCCCCCCCACCCCCUUCGGGGGCCGGCGGAGCCCCCCAAGCCCACCCCAGGGAGCGGGGCGGGGAGCCCCGGCCGAAGAAGAGAUUUCCCGAGGAUUCUCGUUUUCCUCGCCUGUAUCUCCGAAAGAAUUAAAAAUGGCCGAGAAUGUGGUGGAACCGGGGCCGCCUUCAGCCAAGCGGCCUAAACUCUCAUCUCCGGCCCUCUCGGCGUCGGCCAGCGAUGGCACAGAUUUUGGCUCUCUCUUUGACUUGGAGCAUGACUUACCAGAUGAAUUAAUCAACUCUACAGAAUUGGGACUAACCAAUGGUGGUGAUAUUAGUCAGCUUCAGACAAGUCUUGGCAUAGUUCAAGAUGCAGCCUCUAAACAUAAACAACUGUCAGAAUUGCUACGGUCUGGCAGUUCCCCUAACCUCAAUAUGGGGGUUGGUGGCCCAGGCCAAGGCAUGGCCAGCCAGGCCCAACAGAACAGUCCUGGAUUAGGUUUGAUAAAUAGCAUGGUCAAAAGCCCAAUGGCACAGGCAGGCUUGACUUCUCCCAACAUGGGAAUGGGCACUAGUGGACCAAAUCAGGGUCCUACGCCAUCUGCAGCAGGCAUGAUGAACAGUCCAGUAAAUCAACCUACCAUGGGAAUGAACACAGGGAUGAAUGCUGGCAUGAAUCCUGGAAUGCUGAAUGCAGGCAAUGGACAGGGGAUGAUGCCCAAUCAAGUCAUGAACGGUUCAAUUGGAGCAGGCCGAGGGCGACCUAAUAUGCCGUACCCAAACCCAGGCAUGGGAAAUGCUGGCAAUUUAAUGACUGAGCCACUACAGCAAGGCUCUCCUCAGAUGGGAGGACAAACAGGAUUGAGGGGCCCCCAGCCUCUUAAGAUGGGAAUGAUGAACAACCCUAAUCCUUACGGUUCACCAUACACUCAGAAUUCUGGACAGCAGAUUGGAGCCAGUGGCCUUGGUCUCCAGAUUCAGACAAAGUCUGUACUACCAAAUAGCUUACCUCCAUUUGCAAUGGACAAAAAGGCAGUUCCUGGUGGAGGAAUGCCCAACAUGGGUCAACAGCAGGCCCCACAGGUCCAGCAGCCAGGCCUCGUGACUCCGGUAGCCCAAGGGAUGGGUUCUGGAGCGCACACGGCUGAUCCAGAGAAGCGCAAGCUCAUCCAGCAGCAGCUCGUGCUCCUGUUGCACGCCCACAAGUGCCAGCGCCGCGAGCAGGCUAAUGGGGAAGUAAGGCAGUGCAACCUUCCCCACUGUCGCACGAUGAAGAACGUCCUGAACCACAUGACACACUGCCAGUCAGGCAAGUCCUGCCAAGUGGCACACUGUGCAUCUUCUCGACAAAUCAUUUCACACUGGAAGAAUUGUACGAGGCAUGAUUGUCCUGUGUGUCUCCCCCUUAAAAAUGCUGGAGAUAAGAGAAAUCAACAGUCAAUUCUGACUGGAGCACCAGUUGGACUUGGAAAUACUAGCUCUCUAGGGGUGGGUCAGCAGUCUACCCCCAGCCUAAGCACUGUCAGUCAGAUUGAUCCCAGCUCUAUAGAAAGGGCCUAUGCAGCUCUUGGGCUGCCCUAUCAAGUAAAUCAGAUGCCGACGCAACCCCAGGUGCAAGCAAAGAGCCAGCAGACUCAGCAGUCUGGCCAGUCUCCCCAAGGCAUGCGGCCCAUGAGCAACAUGAGUGCUAGUCCUAUGGGAGUAAAUGGAGGUGUAGGGGUUCAAACAUCGAAUCUUCUUUCUGACUCAAUGUUGCAUUCAGCCAUAAAUUCUCAAAACCCAAUGAUGAGUGAAAAUGCCAGUGUGGCCUCCCUAGGUCCUAUGCCAACAGCAGCUCAACCAUCUAAUACUGGAAUUCGGAAACAGUGGCAUGAAGAUAUUACUCAGGAUCUUCGAAAUCAUCUUGUUCACAAACUAGUUCAAGCCAUAUUUCCUACUCCGGAUCCUGCUGCUUUAAAAGACAGACGGAUGGAAAACUUGGUUGCGUAUGCCCGGAAAGUGGAAGGAGACAUGUACGAAUCUGCAAAUAAUCGGGCCGAAUACUACCACCUGCUAGCUGAGAAAAUCUAUAAGAUCCAGAAAGAACUAGAAGAAAAACGAAGGACUAGACUACAGAAACAAAACAUGCUACCAAGUGCUGCAGGCAUGGUACCAGUUUCUAUGAAUCCAGGGCCUAAUAUGGGGCAGCCACAACCAGGAAUGACUUCCAAUGGCCCUCUGCCUGACCCAUCUAUGAUCCGUGGCAGUGUGCCAAACCAGAUGAUGCCUCGGAUAACUCCACAGCCUGGUAUGAAUCAAUUUGGCCAGAUGAGUAUGCCCCAGCCCCCAAUUGGACCCCGGCAAACCUCUCCUCUUCAGCACCAUGGACAGUUAGCUCAGCCUGGAACUCUCAACCCACCAAUGGGCUAUGGGCCUCGCAUGCAGCAGCCUUCCAGCCAGAGCCAGUUCCUUCCCCAGACUCAGUUUUCAACACAGGGAAUGAAUGUAACGAAUAUGCCUUUGGCUCCGUCUGGCGGUCAGGCACCGGUGUCUCAAGCACAGAUGUCCAGUUCUUCCUGCCCUGUGAAUUCUCCUAUAAUGCCUCCAGGGUCUCAAGGGAGCCACAUUCACUGUCCCCCUCUCCCUCAAUCAGCUCUGCAUCAGAAUUCACCCUCUCCAGUACCUAGUCGCACCCCCACGCCUCACCACACUCCCCCAAGCAUAGGGGCUCAGCAGCCACCAGCAACAGCAAUUCCAGCCCCUGUUCCUACACCUCCAGCCAUGCCGCCUGGGCCACAGACCCAAGCUCUCCAUCCACCUCCAAGGCAGACACCUACACCGCCACCAACGCAACUCCCUCCCCAAGUUCAACCUUCACUUCCUGCUGCCCCUUCCGCCGACCAGCCGCAGCAGCAGCCUCUCUCACAGCAGAGUACAGCAGCAUCUGUUCCCACCCCAACGGCACCGCUGCUGCCUCCACAGCCUGCAACUCCACUUUCCCAGCCAGCUGUAAGCAUUGAAGGGCAGGUAUCAAACCCUCCAUCUACUAGCAGCACAGAAGUGAAUUCUCAGACCAUUCCUGAGAAGCAGCCUUCACAGGAAGUGAAAAUGGAGGCUAAGAUGGAAGUGGAUCAACCAGAACCAGCAGAUACUCAGCCGGAGGACAUCCCAGAGACUAAAGCAGAAGACUGUAAAAUGGAACCUACAGAAACAGAGGAGAGAGGCACGGAGUUAAAAACUGAAACAAAAGAAGAGGAAGACCAGCCGAGUACUUCGGCUACCCAGUCAUCUCCAGCCCCGGGACAGUCAAAGAAGAAGAUUUUUAAGCCAGAAGAGUUACGACAGGCACUGAUGCCAACAUUGGAGGCACUUUACCGACAGGAUCCAGAAUCCCUUCCCUUUCGUCAACCUGUGGACCCUCAACUUCUAGGAAUCCCUGAUUACUUUGAUAUUGUGAAAAGCCCCAUGGAUCUUUCCACCAUCAAGAGGAAGUUAGACACUGGACAGUAUCAGGAGCCCUGGCAGUAUGUGGAUGACAUUUGGCUUAUGUUCAACAAUGCCUGGUUGUAUAAUCGGAAAACAUCACGGGUGUACAAAUACUGCUCCAAGCUGUCUGAGGUCUUUGAACAAGAAAUUGACCCAGUAAUGCAAAGCCUUGGAUAUUGUUGUGGCAGAAAGUUGGAGUUCUCUCCACAGACACUCUGUUGCUAUGGCAAACAGUUAUGCACAAUCCCUCGUGAUGCCACUUACUACAGUUACCAGAACAGGUAUCAUUUCUGUGAGAAGUGUUUCAAUGAAAUCCAAGGGGAGAGCGUUUCUUUGGGGGAUGACCCUUCCCAGCCUCAAACUACAAUAAAUAAAGAACAAUUUUCCAAGAGAAAAAAUGACACACUGGAUCCUGAACUGUUUGUUGAAUGUACAGAGUGUGGAAGAAAGAUGCAUCAGAUCUGUGUGCUUCAUCAUGAAAUCAUUUGGCCAUCUGGAUUUGUCUGCGAUGGCUGUUUAAAGAAAUCUGCACGAACCAGGAAAGAGAAUAAAUUUUCUGCUAAAAGGUUGCCAUCUACCAGGCUUGGCACCUUUCUGGAGAAUCGUGUGAAUGACUUUCUUAGGCGACAAAAUCACCCUGAGUCAGGAGAGGUCACUGUUCGGGUAGUUCAUGCUUCUGACAAAACCGUGGAAGUCAAACCAGGCAUGAAAGCAAGGUUUGUAGAUAGUGGAGAGAUGGCAGAAUCCUUUCCAUACCGAACCAAAGCCCUCUUUGCCUUUGAAGAGAUAGACGGUGUUGACUUAUGUUUCUUUGGCAUGCACGUUCAAGAGUAUGGCUCUGACUGCCCUCCGCCCAACCAGAGGAGAGUUUACAUAUCAUACCUCGACAGUGUUCAUUUCUUCCGUCCUAAAUGCUUGAGGACCGCAGUGUAUCAUGAAAUUCUAAUUGGAUAUUUAGAAUACGUCAAGAAAUUAGGAUAUACAACAGGGCAUAUUUGGGCAUGUCCCCCGAGCGAGGGAGAUGACUAUAUCUUCCAUUGCCAUCCUCCUGACCAGAAGAUACCGAAGCCCAAGCGACUGCAGGAGUGGUAUAAAAAGAUGCUUGACAAGGCCGUGUCUGAGCGAAUCGUCCAUGACUACAAGGAUAUUUUUAAACAAGCUACUGAAGAUCGAUUAACAAGUGCAAAGGAGUUGCCUUACUUUGAGGGUGAUUUCUGGCCCAAUGUUCUGGAAGAGAGCAUUAAAGAACUGGAACAGGAGGAGGAAGAGAGAAAGAGAGAAGAAAACACCAGCAACGAAAGCACAGAUGUGACAAAGGGAGACAGCAAAAAUGCUAAAAAGAAAAAUAAUAAGAAAACCAGCAAAAACAAGAGCAGCCUCAGUAGGGGCAACAAGAAGAAGCCAGGCAUGCCCAAUGUGUCCAACGACCUCUCGCAGAAGCUGUAUGCCACAAUGGAAAAACACAAAGAGGUCUUCUUUGUGAUCCGUCUCAUCGCCGGCCCUGCCGCCAACUCCCUGCCUCCCAUUGUUGACCCUGACCCCCUCAUCCCCUGCGAUCUGAUGGAUGGGCGGGAUGCCUUCCUUACCCUCGCAAGGGACAAGCACCUGGAGUUCUCUUCACUGCGCAGAGCCCAGUGGUCCACCAUGUGUAUGCUGGUGGAGCUGCACACCCAGAGCCAGGACCGCUUUGUCUACACGUGCAACGAGUGCAAGCACCACGUGGAGACGCGCUGGCACUGCACCGUGUGCGAGGAUUACGAUUUGUGUAUCACCUGCUAUAACACUAAAAACCAUGACCACAAGAUGGAGAAACUAGGUCUCGGCCUAGAUGAUGAGAGCAACAGCCAGCAGGCCGCGGCCACCCAGAGCCCAGGAGACUCUCGCCGCCUGAGCAUCCAGCGCUGCAUCCAGUCCCUGGUGCACGCCUGCCAGUGCCGCAACGCCAACUGCUCGCUGCCGUCCUGCCAGAAGAUGAAGCGGGUCGUGCAGCACACCAAGGGCUGCAAGCGGAAAACCAAUGGAGGCUGCCCCAUCUGCAAGCAGCUCAUCGCCCUGUGCUGCUACCAUGCCAAGCACUGCCAGGAGAACAAGUGCCCGGUGCCCUUCUGCCUCAACAUCAAGCAAAAGCUCCGGCAGCAGCAGCUGCAGCACCGGCUGCAGCAGGCCCAGAUGCUCCGCAGGAGGAUGGCCAGCAUGCAGCGGACCGGCGUGGUGGGGCAGCAACAAGGCCUGCCCUCCCCGACUCCCGCCACGCCCACCACGCCCACCGGCCAGCAGCCCACCACCCCGCAGACGCCCCAACCCCAGCCCCCCUCUCAGCCCCAGCCUACCCCUCCCAACAGCAUGCCACCCUACUUGCCUAGGACUCAGGCUCCUGGCCCUGUCUCCCAGGGUAAGGCGGCGGGCCAGGUGACCCCUCCGACCCCCCCUCAGACUGCGCAGCCACCCCUUCCGGGGCCCCCACCUGCGGCAGUGGAAAUGGCAAUGCAGAUUCAGAGGGCGGCUGAGACGCAGCGCCAGAUGGCCCACGUGCAGAUUUUUCAGAGGCCGAUCCAGCACCAGAUGCCCCAGAUGACUCCGAUGGCCCCCAUGGGUAUGAACCCACCCCCCAUGGCCAGAGGUCCCAGUGGGCAUUUGGAGCCAGGGAUGGGGCCCACGGGCAUGCCACAACAGCCGCCGUGGGCCCAAGGAGGCUUGCCUCAACCCCAGCAACUGCAGCCCGGGAUGCCAAGGCCGGCCAUGAUGUCAGUGGCCCAGCACGGUCAGCCCUUGAAUAUGGCUCCCCAACCGGGACUGGGCCAGGUAGGCGUGAGCCCUCUCAAACCGGGCACUGUGUCUCAACAAGCCUUACAGAACCUUUUGCGGACUCUCAGGUCUCCCAGCUCUCCCCUACAGCAGCAGCAGGUGCUUAGUAUCCUUCACGCCAACCCCCAGCUGUUGGCCGCGUUCAUCAAGCAGCGGGCCGCCAAGUAUGCCAACUCUAACCAACAGCCCCUCCCCGGGCAGCCUGGCGUGCCCCAGGGCCAGCCGGGGCUGCAGCCACCUACCGUGCCGGGCCAGCAGGGCGUCCACUCUAACCCGGCCAUGCCGAACAUGAACCCCAUGCAGGCGGGCGUCCAGAGGGCCGGCCUGCCGCAGCAGCAGCCACCGCAGCAGCAGCUCCAGCCCCCCAUGGGAGGGAUGAGCCCCCAGGCUCAGCAGAUGACCAUGAAUCACAACGCCAUGCCUUCCCAGUUCCGAGACCUCUUGAGGCGGCAGCAGAUGAUGCAGCAGCAGCAGCAGCAGCAGCAGGGAGCCGGGCCCGCAAUCGGCCCUGGAAUGGCCAACCACGGCCAGUUCCAGCAACCCCAGGGGGUUGGCUACCCGCCCCCGCAGCAGCAGCAGCAGCAGCGGAUGCAGCAUCACAUGCAGCAGAUGCAACAAGGGAACAUGGGACCGAUGGGCCAGCUCCCCCAGGCCCUGGGAGCCGAGGCAGGGGCCGGUCUGCAGGCGUACCAGCAGCGACUCCUCCAGCAACAGAUGGGGUCCCCCGCCCAGCCCAACCCCAUGAGCCCCCAGCAGCACAUGCUCCCAAACCAGGCUCAGUCCCCACACCUCCAAGGCCAGCAGAUCCCUUCUUCUCUCUCCAAUCAAGUGCGUUCACCCCAGCCUGUCCCUUCUCCGCGGCCACAGUCCCAGCCCCCCCACUCCAGCCCUUCCCCGAGGAUGCAGCCUCAGCCUUCUCCACACCACGUGUCCCCACAGACCAGUUCUCCACAUCCUGGACUGGUAGCUGCCCAGGCCAACCCCAUGGAACAAGGGCAUUUUGCCAGCCCGGACCAGAGUUCAAUGCUUUCUCAGCUCGCUAGCAAUCCAGGCAUGGCAAACCUCCAUGGUGCAAGCGCCACGGACCUGGGACUCAGCACCGAUAACUCAGACUUGAAUUCAAACCUCUCACAGAGUACACUAGACAUACACUAGAGACACCUUGUAGUAUUUUGGGAGCAAAAAAAUUAUUUUCUCUUAACAAGACUUUUUGUACUGAAAGCAAUUUUUUUGAAUCUUUCUUAGCCUAAAAGACAAUUUUCCGUGGAACACAUAAGAACUGUGCAGUAGCUGUUUGUGGUUUAAAGCAAACAUGCGAGAUGAACCUGAGGGAUGAUAGGAUACAAAGAAUAUAUUUUUGUUAUGGCUGGUUUCCCACCAGCCUUUUUUUCCCCCCUUGUGUGUGUGGUUCAAGUGUGCACUGGGAGGAGGCUGAGGUCCGUGAAGCCAACCAUAUGCUCCUGCCUUGCACCUCCAAUAGGUUUUAUUAUUUUUUUUAAAUUAAUGAAAAUAUGUAAUAUUAAUAGUUAUUAUUUACUGGUGCAGAUGGUUGACAUUUUUCCCUAUUUUCCUCACUUUAUGGAAGAGUUAGAACAUUUCUAAAACCAGAGGACAAAAGGGGUUAAUGUUACUUUAAAAUUACAUUCUAUAUAUAUAUAAAUAUAUAUAAAUAUAUAUUAAAAUACCAAUUUUUUUUCUCUGGGUGCAAAGAUGUUCAUUCUUUUAAAAAUGUAAAAAAAAACAAAAACAAAAACGAAAAAAAAAAACUCCUUUCCUCCCCUCAAGUCAACUUUUGUGCUCCAGAAAAUUUUCUAUUCCGUAAGUCUGAGCGUAAAAACUUCAAGUAUUAAAAUAAUUUGUACAUGUAGAGAGAAAAAUGACUUUUUCAAAAUAUACAGGGGCAGCUGCCAAAUUGAUGUAUUAUAUAUUGUGGUUCUGUUUCUUGAAAGAAUUUUUUUCGUUAUUUUUACAUCUAACAAAGGAAAAAAUUAAAAAGAGGGUAAGAAACGAUUCCAGCGGGAUGAUUUUAACAUGCAAAAUAUCCCUGGGGUUUCUUCUUUGCUUGCUUUCUUCCUCCUUACCCUGCCCCCACCCCCAUACACACAUACACACACACACACACACACACACACACACACACACACUUUCUGUAAAACUUGAAAAUAGAAAGCAAAAACCCUCAACUGUUGUAAAUCAUGCAAUUAAAGUUGAUUACUUAUAAAUAUGAACUUUGGAUCACUGUAUAGACUGUUAAAUUUGAUUUCUUAUUACCUAUUGUUAAAUAAACUGUGUGAGACAGA